GGUGAGUGAUGAAAAAGAUGCUCGAGGUUAUCUUCAAGCCUUGGCCUCUAAAAUGACAGAAGAACUAGAGGCCCUGAGGAACUCCAGUUUGGGUGCAAGAGCGACAGACAUGCCCUGGAAGAUGCGCCGCUUUGCAAAACUGGAUAUGUCUGCGAGGCUGGAGCUGCAAUCUGCUCUUGAUGCUGAAAUCCGAGCCAAACAAGCUAUUCAAGAUGAGCUGAAUAAAGUCAAAGCUUCCUGUAUCUCUACAGAGUGUAAAUUGCAAGAGUCUGAGAAGAAGAACAUGGAGCUGUUGACGGAUAUUGAAAGGCUGAAAAAGGAGACAGAAGAGCUUAGAUCAGAAAAGGGUGUAAAGCACCAAGACUCACAGAAUUCUUUCUUGGCAUUUUUGAAUGCGCCUACCUCUGCUCUGGAUCAAUUUGAAAUUGAUUCCGUUGAGAAUUUUACAUUGUCUAAUACACCGUCACGGGAUGAUGAUAGCAAGUCUCACCUCCAUUCAAGAUCAAGAUCUCCUUCUACAGCUAGUGAGAUUGAACCAAUCGAGGUUACAGAUCAUCCUCCCCGUUCAAUUCACACACCCACCAUGAGGACAACAUAUAUUGGAUUGGGACUCUCUGCACCAAAGCCUAAAGCCCACCAGUUUGUAGUGAAAUCAUUUAAUACACCAACAAAAUGCAAUCAGUGCACUUCUCUGAUGGUCGGUUUAAUACGACAGGGCUGUACUUGUGAAGUGUGUGGAUUCUCUUGCCACGUGACCUGUGCAGACAAGGCUCCUGCAGUGUGUCCAAUCCCUCCUGAACAGACUAAGGGACCUUUGGGAAUAGAUCCACAGAAAGGCAUAGGAACAGCUUAUGAAGGACAUGUCCGAGUACCGAAACCAGCUGGAGUAAAGAAAGGUUGGCAGAGAGCACUGGCAGUGAUCUGUGAUUUUAAACUCUUCCUCUAUGAUGUAGCAGAAGGAAAAGCAUCCCAGCCCAGCGUGGUAGUGAGUCAGGUCAUAGACAUGAGGGAUGAAGAAUUCUCAGUGAGUUCUGUCUUGGCCUCAGAUGUCAUCCAUGCCAAUCGAAAAGAUAUCCCCUGUAUCUUUAGGGUUACAGCUUCCCAGCUCUCUGCAUCCAGUAAUAAGUGUUCAAUCCUGAUUCUAGCAGAUGGUGAGAAUGAAAAGAGCAAGUGGGUAGGAGUGCUGAAUGAGUUACACAGGAUCUUGAAGAAGAAUAAACUCAAAGAUCGCUCAGUCUAUGUUCCCAAAGAAGCUUAUGACAGCACCUUGCCCCUCAUCAAAACCACACAGUCAGCAGCAAUCAUAGACCAUGAAAGAAUAGCUCUGGGGAAUGAAGAAGGGUUAUUUGUUGUACACGUCACCAAAGACGAGAUUAUCCGUGUUGGUGACAAUAAGAAGGUUCAUCAGAUUGAGCUUAUCCCAAAUGAACAGCUCAUUGCAGUAAUCUCAGGACGAAACCGUCACGUGCGGCUUUUCCCUAUGGCCGCCCUGGAUGGAAGGGAGACUGAGUUCUAUAAGCUGGCAGAGACAAAAGGCUGUCAGUCAAUAGUUUCUGGACACGUGCGCCACGGAGCUCUCACCUGCCUGUGUGUGGCUAUGAAAAGGCAGGUCCUCUGUUAUGAACUCAGUCAGAGUAAGACACGUCACAAAAAGAUCAAGGAGAUCCAAGUCCAGGGGAACGUCCAGUGGAUGUCAAUCUUCAGUGACCGUCUUUGUGUGGGCUACCAGUCAGGUUUCUUAAAAUAUCCCCUUCAGGGAGAAGGCAGCCCAUACAGUCUGCUCCAUCCAGAUGACCACACACUAUCCUUUAUCUCACAGCAGCCAACUGAUGCCAUCUGUGCAGUCGAAAUCUCAAAUAAAGAAUACCUGCUGUGUUUUAGCAGCGUAGGGGUUUACGUUGACUGCCAGGGCCGAAGAUCCAGACAACAGGAAUUGAUGUGGCCCGCGACUCCAUCUUCUUGCUGUUACAAUGCACCAUACCUCUCUGUGUACAGUGAAAAUGCAAUUGAUAUCUUCGACGUGAACUCCAUGGAGUGGAUUCAGACUAUUCCUCUCAAAAAGGUACGACCCUUGAAUACAGAAGGAUCACUAAACCUUUUAGGCCUGGAGACAGUUAGAUUAAUAUAUUUCAAAAAUAAAAUGGCAGAGGGUGAUGAACUGGUAGUUCCUGAGACAUCAGAUAACAGCCGGAAGCAAAUGGUUCGAAACAUCAACAACAAGCGCCGCUACUCAUUCAGAGUACCAGAGGAGGAGAGGAUGCAGCAGAGGAGGGAGAUGCUACGUGAUCCGGAAAUGAGAAAUAAAUUAAUUUCUAACCCAACUAAUUUUAACCACAUAGCACAUAUGGGUCCAGGAGAUGGUAUACAGAUUCUCAAAGACCUUCCAAUGAAUCUUCGGCCUCAGGAAAGUCGGACCGUGUUCAGUGGCUCUGUCAGUAUCCCGUCAAUCACCAAGUCCCGCACGGAACCAGGACGGUCGAUGAGUGCGAGCAGCGGCUUGGCAGCACGCUCGUCUGCGCAGAACGGCAGCGCUUUGCGGAGGGAGUUCUCCGGAGGUAGCUAUGGAGCAAAGCGUCAGCCGAUGGCAUCGCCCUCAGAUGGGUCCUUAUCCUCUGGUGGCCUGGACCAGGGCAGCGAUGCACCGACAAGGGACUAUGAGCGAGAGGACUCUGACUCUCCGAGACACUCUACUGCAUCAAACAGCUCCAACCUCAGCAGCCCUCCCAGCCCAGUUUCUCCUCACAAGACCAAGAGCCUCUCCCUGGAGAGCUCUGACCACGUGAGUUGGGACUCAUGAACUGCUUCAGCAUUCAGAUUUGACUUCACAGAAGCUUGAUGUCCCCAUGGCUGUCCCCUUCACUUCGUCCAGUUCUCACCUUCAUCAUCCUAACCCUCCCCAUUCCCCAUCUGAAAGUGGUCUGGGAGUGGGGUACAGAGGAAGGUAAAAGCUGGUCAUCUUCAGCACCGCUCGGCACUGCCUCACCCUCCCUUCCCCAGAUCUGACAGCAGCAAACGAGCAGAGCUAGGGUGUCGGUAAAUACCAGAUGCUGUAGAUUUGUAUUACUAUUGGUUUCAUUUUUGUGGUUACAGCUGCUUCAUUUUUAAAGAGAUAUUUAUCCCACCCCCACUUCUACUUCCCAAAAUGUAGCUUAAGUAGAUCAGACCAGUAUCAAAAAGAGAAAAUUCAGAGGGAUUUUGUUAUCACACAAUAGCUCAUCGUACUGUAUGAAAGUAGCACAGAGACCCCUUCCCCCUCAUGGGGAACGAUCAGUAUGUCAGAGGCACAUAAAAGCUUUCAGCCACCACGUUUGAAUGUCAAUCUGAUUGUCGCCAGCAAAUCCUUAUUGAUUAAAAUGAUGCAUAUUUUACUACAGUACAGAGUUUAAAUAAAUAACGCAGAUGUUAGAGUAAAA